CAAUGAAAAUUUUAAUUAUUAUGGGAUUACUGAUGAAUCUUUAUGCCCGCUAUGCAAGUUAGAUCAUGAUGAUGAUAAUGGUAUAGAAGGUAAUUAUAAAGCUGGAUCCUACUAUAUUAAAUGUGAACAGCGUGGAAUUGAAAUUGAGUUUCCAGAAGAAAAAAGCACAAUCCAUGAAGCAGUACAGAAACGAUUCUCUUUCUUGAGAUAUACCAAUUCAAAUGCAUGGUAUCGAGAUGUUUUUAAAUAUACCAAUUCAGAAGCUAAAUGCCCAGUAUGCGAAGAAGUACAUACUCGUUCAGGAAUAUGGGGCAACUGGAGCUGUCUCGAGUUUGCCGGAAACUCAAGUAAGGGUAUCAAACAAAAUCA